AUGUACACCUACUAUGGCUACUUCAAAGAAACCAACCCCGAGGAAUACCGCUUCUUGGAUUUUUACAAGUACCGCAGUAAGCAAACUGAUUUCACAUAUUCAUUUCAAAAGGAAGCAGACAUACUUCGGAAAUGUCUGUCCAACAUGUUGAAAGAGAGUUCGGAAAACAUUAAGAAACGGAUUAGUCUGCUACUGCAAAAUUUUGAGGCAAGUUAUUUUGAUUUUUCUGAACGGUUGGCACGCAGUAUGGGAGAUUUCCAGCAGUCCCGAGAAGGGGUAAAUACUCUCACAACUACGGUGGGCAUCUACUUGUUACCCAUCUUAUGGUCUACUUGUCCGUUGUGGUCUGCCAUAGGCAGUAUGGGAGUCUUCCAGCAGUCCCGAGAAGGGAAACAUCGAUUGCGCAAUCAGGAUAUCAAUUACUUCUGGAACAGAAUCGAGUUAGAGUGUAAUAAAAAUGAACAGAAACGUCUAGAGUCAGAGAGAACUACGCGAACACUACGAUGCCACGUCAAUAUAAGAAGUAAGACACAAGAUAUGAUGGAGAACAUGGCCGAGGAAACAGUAGAAGAAGCCGAGAAUGCUCGCAAGCGAUUAUAUUCCGAGUUCUCGGGACAUAAACAAAAUGAAGAAGGAUUCUCAACCCCACCAAAUAAGAUCAGAACAAUCAAUGCGGAGACUCCUCAACGAACGAGACAGGGAUACGAUAGUGAUUCACUACCUUACGACGAAGAUCAUUCCUCAGGCUCUGACUCUGAAAUUGUACCUGUUUCUCUUACGAACGUCUUUCUUGAAACUUCCGUCGAGCUUGAGAGGAAUCCAGACCAGACAGCCGAAUUGGAUACAUCUUUAAUAUCAACAAAGGAAGCGGAGGUUGAGAGUCGGAAAACUAGAAGACCAUACAUAACUCGCGAUAUAGCGGAGGAAGUCCUCAAGAAAUAUCAAAUGUGUAUUUUGGCGGACAAGAAGUUGAUAUACAAUGGUGUAGACGUGUUAGAUUUUAUUCGCUCAAACAUGAAUAAGGAUAAGACCACAAAAAGCCCUCUAUGUAUUGGUGUUAUUAACAUCCAUAAUCCCGACUGCACCAAGUUUUUACCUGAUGACUUUAAAAGCUUUAUUGCCAACCAGCUUCAAGACUCCAAGAUCAAGGCUGUCUGUUUUGCUACCAAACAAUGCAUCGAUAAGUUUGUGGUGGAUUGUGAGGAAGAAGUAUUGCAAUUCUUGGAGAAGUUCCAUGACAUAGGGGAUUUGGAGUCUCUGGCAAGAUGUCUAAAUGAAAAUCCGAUUGAUAUGUCCAUCGCAUCGAAUGAUCUUAUUUUCGUGCGGACCCUCUUCGAUCAUUUUUUCUUUUUAUACAAGAAUGAUAUUCUACUACAUUCCAUGUCUGAAAGCGAGCUUAAUGCAUAUGUUUGGACUCCGUUACUUAGGAAUGCCUUUCUCGGAAAGGACGAUCUGAAAUUAAGUUGCGGGGAGUUAGCUUCUAAGUCAUAUGAAAAACUCAAAGAAAUCCUAAACAUUACUGGUCGUAGUGCUCCAAAAUUGGAUGGUAAAGGAUUCCUCAAAUCUUUGGGUACUGAAAUCCUGGCCCAGGAAGAUGGUGUCCUAAAUACUCACAGCAAAAGAACAGGUGAUCUCCGGAAAUUAGAAUAUUGCUCUAAAGUGAUACUCACAAUUCUGUACUUUAUGUUACCAUCUGCCGCCAAAGCUGACAUCACAGAUAUCGAAACUUACAGUCUUCAGUCAAAUGGAUUCCAUCUUAAAAUCUCUGCAUCAAAGUAUCUGUUUGAAGAUACUAUUAUUACUAUGGAUUUGCAACAUGUAGAAGUCCCAAGGACUGUUGAGGGAUUUUCGAAGCUAGUGGUAGGUGCAAAAACAAUUCUUUCUUGGAAGGCGCGGACUAGGAAGAAUACAGUAACUUUUUAUAAAGCAUUGAAGAAAGGUCAUAAACGCCUGACAAAUGGCGUCUUUUUUUCACCAAUCAAAAUGUCUGUAUAA